AUGUUAGAAGUACGAAGCUGGUUUACUCAGCUGGCUGCGAAUCCACUCGGCUAUCUUCCGGAGAUCGCGGGUGCGUGUUCAGCAUACAAAGGCUGUAGCGAUUCCGGAGUGACACGUUGGCAGUGCCUCCAAGAGGCAUUUCGAAAACCGGAUGAAAGCAGGCUAAGGCUGAACGAGAACACUGGGCGGGGUAGAAAUUUGAGAAAAAUUGGCUUAAAUGCUUAGGAUAUAAUCUAGAUGAUAUGAGAAAAUUUCGCAUGCCUAAUGUAUAGUCCUAGGUCUAAGUAGGCCAUUGUUCUACUUCUUUAGGAAACUCACACCACUGCUGUACUUGUUACGAAAGUCUAUCCAGCUUGAAAACUUCAAAACUUUAACAUGAACAUGUCCACUCUUUUACGCACUUCUUUUCAUGUCCUCUUCCAUCCUUUCAUGUCCUCCCCACCAGUUGCCGAAUGCAUGCAAGCAGGCCCAGCCUUUGCCACCUUUGCCAGGUCUGUAGGGUACAGGCAAGAAGCGGGAAGGGGUCAGGAGUGGGCGCCUUGAGGCCUUCCCGCCCGGCAGCCCCCCGACAGACCUGGCAAAGGUGGCAAGGCUGGACCCCUCUGGCGUGGUCCACCCCAGAUCCAUCCACAGGGGGGGGCCUCCCUCCCUGGUACAUAUAUAAUCAUCCUUUUCCCUUCUCCAUCAGAUGCUUCAUCUGGCGCCCACCAGUUGCCGAAUGCAUGCAAGCAGG